GCCCCCGCGGCCGCUCCGCCCGCGCGCCGCGGGCACCGGACGGCUCGGCGGGGAGCGCGCAGCACAAUCCGGUGUGGUUCCUGUGAAGGAAACCCAUCAGUGGUGAUGCCCCAGGACGGGGCUCACGUGAGGGUCCUGCAUACGAAGGGCAGCUCUGCACUUGUGUAGCUGAUGGGUGAGGACACCAGCCCGGUGAGAGGAGCUACCAGGAGCAGGCAGGAUGAGUUACAGCUCCCCCUCUGUGCACGACCCGUAUCACAGCACCCCCACCACGGCCAGGCCAGACCCAGGGACAGCUCUGGAUGUGACUGUACCAGAAACAGCCACCAUAAGCCCUGAGACUUCCACCUUCAACAGCACCAAAAUCCCAGAUGUGGCCGGCACUGGAGCCAGCAUGAGCACGAUGCUGCUGUCCUUUGGGAUCAUUACUGUGAUUGGGUUGGCUGUAGCUAUGGUUCUGUAUAUCAGGAAGAGGAAGAGGUUGGAGAAGCUACGGCACCAGCUGAUGCCCAUGUACAACUUUGAUCCCACUGAGGAGCAGGAUGAACUGGAGCAGGAGCUGUUGGAACAUGGGCGAGAUGCAGCAUCUUCCCAGGCAUCGCAGAGCAAGGUGCUGCUGGCAGGCCCGGGGGCCGUGCAGAGACCCAGCCGCCUCGUGUUCACCGACGUGGCCAACGCCAUCAACGCCUGACCAGCACCCGCCGCACCCGCCACGGCAGGACGAGCCAGCAGAGCAGUGACUGCACGGCUGAUCCACUGAGCCCCCCGGGCACCCCGCUGGUUUGUGUGAGGAGUGGGCAGGGCACUGCCAGCCCUCGGGGAAGCAAACCCUUUGCGAGGGCAGUGGUGAUUUUUUGGUGCGUCUGCUCCCACUGAAAGGUCCCGAGCUCAUUUUUGGGCUGGCGCUGGCUGAUUCCACCUGCCAAGCUCUGUGCCUUGGAACAGCGCCUGCCUGGGGGAGAUUACCCUGGCAGAGCACACCUGGGGGCUGUCUGGGUCAGGGAAGGAGGAGAGGGGCGCAUUUCAGACACCUUCCCCCAUGGGUCUGUGGCACCAGGCCCAAGGAAAGCCAUGAACAAACCUCUCUGUGCAGUGGCCACAGCUCUGGCAGGUCCUGGGAGUGGGAUGGGACUGGUGGCAAAGCCUCUUUGAGCAAGGAGAGCUGAGUGGUAACUGAGGCACACCAUGGAAAACACACACCAGGGGUUUAUCCCCGCUGCUGAUAAACGAGCAUCAGGGUGACGUUGAAGCGUGGGGAAUUCACUAGCUGUAAAAAGUGAAACAGAGAACAUGUGGCUGAUUACGUCUUAACUGAGGAAGUGGCUGAAUAUCCCAAAUCAGGGCUAUUAUACAAAGAGUGGAAUUGGCACAGCCAGAGGCAGGGGCUGCCAGGUCUGGCUGAAUGACUCUGUGCUGCUGAACUAGGAAUAACAGUGCUUGGGCCACGAAGAGGAGCUAAGUUGGGGUUCCAGUACCACGGAUCUCCUCCUGCUUUGGCUCAGGGAAGUUUCUACAGGGCAGAGUGUUAUCCAAAAAAAAAAAAAAAGAUUAAGCUUUGAAAUAUUUUCUUUUAAAUAAAGAAAAACAUGUGUUGGCUCAAACAUUACAACAGCCCCAUGUCUGCCCCCAGAGGUGACUAACAGCUGGUUUGUACUUCCUUACUGCCAGGACCUGCAGUCAGAGCCUUCUCUUCUUCCUGCUGAAGGGAACACAGAGCUUUGUGUUAGCCUCUGCUCGUGUCACCUGCUAGGAACAGGUAGGUGGGACUAGACAGGUAAGCCAGGAGGUUCCCUGUAGCCCUGAAGUGUCUCUGCCUGAGCAUCCUUCAGGGCUGCAGGAGAAGAGAGUGCAAAGGGGCCACCCUGGCACAUGGCAGUGCAGUGUGGGGUCUGUGCUCUGCUGCUGGGCACCAGCCCCAAGGGCUGCAGAGCACAGCAGUGCCCAGCAGCAGUGCCCAGCCCUGCCCUGAGCCCUCCUGAUCUUUUUCUGGUACGUGCAUUUGUCAAUCAGAUCAUAAUCCAUCCACAGUCAGAAGGGAAUCGGGGCAAGCCAAAAUUUGAAUGCAGAUCCAAAGCUUUACACAAGGGGAUGUUUCAGAAUGGCAAUUCAGGUAUCAUGUGCUUUGCUGCAAGUCUGGACCUGCCAGUUAUUUUUUGUUUUCCCAAAUAAUUUUUUUCCCCUUCCCCACUGUGUUUUUUUCCA